UACUGAAUAGUGAAUACUGAUUAGUGAUAAGUGUACUAACAGUCGUCUGCUGUUAUAACCUUAACUAGGCUAAAUGUUAUGUUGUCAGUGUAAUUUUUGAUAAUAGUAAUGUAGGCUAUGCUACAAUACAUUUUCCGUUAUCAUUAGAAUGGGAUUGCCACGAAAAUUGUUAAGUUUUAGUUUUAAGUUGUGGAAUCUCCAAGAACGUAGUUUCAACCGCUCAUCAAGAUGUUUUUGUAGGGUUUCAAAAUGUGAAAACGUAGGUUCUGAAUUGAAUAGUAGUCAAGUUUCAAAAUUUUUAAUUGAUAAAAUCAGAACUUCAGGGCCAAUAACAGUUGCAGAUUAUAUGAAGAUUGUUUUGACCAACCCUGUCUCUGGCUAUUACAUGCAUAGGGAUGUAUUUGGAACUGAAGGAGAUUUUAUAACAUCACCAGAGAUAAGUCAACUUUUUGGAGAGAUGAUUGCUUUGUGGUUUAUUAAUGAGUGGAACAGAAUCGGGAGCCCUAAGCCAAUGCAACUGGUAGAAUUGGGACCAGGAAGAGGGACAAUGAUAGCUGACAUAUUAAGAGUGUUCUCCAAGUUUAAUCUCACCAAGGAAAUAAAUUGUCAUUUGAUUGAAGUCAGUUCUGAGUUGAGCCGAUUACAAGCUAUGACACUCUGUCCGGAGACAAAAGUUGAAGAUAAUCCAAGUGCAAUAUACAGAAGUGGUAUGUCCAAAUUUGGCAUUCCCAUUAGCUGGUAUCGUUCACUGGAAGACAUUCCAAGACAUUUUUCUUGUGUUGUUGCACACGAAUUUUUUGAUGCCUUGCCUAUUCACAAAUUCCAGAAAACUGAUAAUGGCUGGAGAGAAAUUCUAAUAGAUAUCGAUGAAAAUAAUCCCAACCAGUUCCGAUAUGUAAUUUCAAGAAUGCCAACUCCAGCUUCUACUGUAUUUGUGAAGAAAGAAGAAUUACGAGAUCAUGUUGAGAUCUGUCCACGAGCAGGAGUGAUUGCACAACAGCUGGCCCAGCGUCUGGAAGAAGAUGGAGGCAUUGCGUUGAUUGCGGACUACGGCCACUCUGGAGAGAAGACUGAUACAUUUAGGGCUUUUAAGAAACAUGAGCUCCAUGAUCCACUGAUUGCACCAGGCAGCGCCGACUUGACAGCAGAUGUUGAUUUUAGAUUUUUAAAAGAUGCUGUAUCAGACAAACUUGUCUCUUAUGGUCCAGUAACACAAAGGGAAUUUCUUCUGCGCAUGCAUGUGGAGAAACGGCUUGAGAUGUUACUGAAUAGCUGUAAAAGUGAAGAUGAGAGAAAUUCUCUAAAAAGUGGAUUUCACAUGAUGACUGAUGAAGACAAAAUGGGCCAGUGCUUCAAGUUUUUAGCUCUUUAUCCUUUAGUUCUGAAAGAUUAUCUAACAAAGAGACCUCCUCCUGGUUUUGUUUAGUUCCAAUUAUAAACAUUUAUCUCAAAUGUAUUUUUAAGUCAAGAUUUGUAAUAAAUAUUUAUUAAAUAUAAA